CGGCAAAAAAAAACAAAACAAAAAAACCCAAAAACAAAACAGAGAAAGAGAGAGAGAGAGAGAAAGAGAGAGAGGCUCAAAUCCAUCGCUUUUUGCACUGAGGUCCCGGGAUUCUUGAGCUGUGCCCAGCUGACGAGCUUUUGAAGAUGGCACAAUAACAGUCCAGUGAUGCCUGACCAUGACAGCACAGCCCUCUUAAGCAGGCAAACCAAGAGAAGAAGAGUUGACAUUGGAGUGAAAAGGACGGUAGGGACAGCAUCUGCAUUUUUUGCUAAGGCAAGAGCAACGUUUUUUAGUGCCAUGAAUCCCCAAGGUUCAGAGCAGGAUGUUGAGUAUUCAGUGGUGCAGCAUGCAGAUGGGGAAAAGUCAAAUGUACUCCGCAAGCUGCUGAAGAGGGCGAACUCGUAUGAAGAUGCCAUGAUGCCUUUUCCAGGAGCAACCAUAAUUUCCCAGCUGUUGAAAAAUAACAUGAACAAAAAUGGUGGCACAGAGCCCAGUUUCCAAGCCAGCGGUCUCUCUAGUACAGGCUCAGAAGUACAUCAGGAGGAUAUAUGCAGCAACUCUUCAAGAGACAGCCCCCCAGAGUGUCUUUCCCCUUUUGGCAGGCCUACUAUGAGCCAGUUUGAUAUGGAUCGGUUAUGUGAUGAGCACCUGAGAGCUAAGCGCGCCCGGGUUGAGAAUAUAAUUCGGGGUAUGAGCCAUUCCCCCAGUGUGGCGUUAAGGGGCAAUGAAAAUGAGAGAGAGAUGGCUCCGCAGUCUGUAAGUCCCCGAGAAAGUUACCGGGAAAACAAACGCAAGCAAAAGCUGCCUCAACAGCAGCAACAGAGUUUCCAGCAGCUGGUUUCAGCUCGAAAAGAACAGAAGCGAGAGGAGCGCCGACAGCUGAAACAGCAGCUGGAGGACAUGCAGAAACAGCUGCGCCAGCUGCAGGAAAAGUUCUACCAAAUCUAUGACAGCACUGAUUCUGAAAAUGAUGAAGAUGGUAACCUGUCUGAAGACAGCAUGCAUUCAGAAAUCCUGGAUGUGAGGGCCCAGGACUCGGUGGGAAGGUCAGAUAAUGAGAUGUGUGAGCUAGACCCCGGGCAGUUCAUCGACCGGGCCAGGGCCCUAAUUAGGGAGCAAGAAAUAGCGGAAAACAAGCCGAAAAGAGAAGGCAAUAAAGAGCGAGACCAAGGGCCAAACUCUUUACAUUCGGAAGGCAAGCAUUUGGCCGAGACCUUAAAACAGGAACUGAAUACUGCCAUGUCACAAGUUGUGGACACUGUGGUGAAAGUCUUUUCAUCCAAACCCUCCCGCCAGCUUCCUCAGGUCUUCCCACCUCUUCAGAUCCCUCAGGCAAGAUUUGCAGUCAAUGGGGAAAACCAUAACUUCCACACCGCCAACCAGCGCCUCCAGUGCUUUGGUGACGUCAUCAUUCCAAACCCCCUGGACACCUUUGGCACCAUGCAAAUGCCCAGCUCCACAGACCAAACAGAAGCACUGCCCCUAGUUGUUCGAAAAAACUCCUCUGACCAAUCUGCCUCUGGCCCGCCUGCUGGGGGCCACCACCAGUCUCUGCACCAGUCUCCACUUUCCACCACCACAGGCUUCACCACAUCUUCCUUCCGCCACCCUUUCUCUCUCCCAUUGAUGGCCUACCCAUUUCAGAAUCCAUUAGGUGCUCCCUCUGCCUCCUUUCCUGGGAAAGACAGAGCCUCCCCAGAAUCCUUAGACUUGACUAGGGAGACAGCAAGUCUGAGGACCAAGAUGUCAUCCCAUCACAUGAACCACCACCCUUGUUCACCAGCACAUCCUCCCAGCACAGCUGAAGGCCUCUCCUUGUCUCUCAUAAAGUCUGAGUGUGGUGAUCUCCAAGAUAUGUCUGAUAUUUCACCUUUUUCCGGAAGUGCAAUGCAGGAAGGACUGUCACCUAAUCACUUGAAAAAAGCAAAGCUCAUGUUCUUUUAUACCCGUUAUCCCAGCUCCAACAUGCUGAAGACCUACUUCUCAGAUGUGAAGUUCAACAGAUGCAUUACCUCUCAGCUCAUCAAGUGGUUUAGCAAUUUCCGUGAGUUUUACUACAUUCAAAUGGAGAAGUAUGCACGUCAAGCCAUCAACGAUGGGGUCACAAGUACUGAAGAGCUGUCGAUAACCAGAGACUGUGAGCUGUAUCGUGCUCUGAACAUGCACUACAAUAAGGCAAAUGACUUUGAGGUUCCAGAGAGAUUCCUGGAAGUCGCACAGAUCACAUUACGAGAGUUUUUCAAUGCCAUUAUCGCAGGCAAAGAUGUUGAUCCUUCCUGGAAGAAGGCCAUAUACAAGGUCAUCUGCAAGCUGGAUAGUGAAGUCCCUGAGAUUUUCAAAUCCCCGAACUGCCUACAAGAGCUUCUUCAUGAAUAGAGAUUUUCAACAACUCUUUCUGAAUGUAUGAAAAGUAGCAGUCCCCUUUGGAUGCCCAAGUUAUGUGUAUCUAAAUUUUGAUUUCAUAUACAUGUGUAUGAGAGGCAUAGAUAUGUUUAUGAAAUCAGCUGGUAAUUCUGCCUCCUCCUCAUGAACUCUCUCUUUUUUUUUUCUUUUGUGUUGUUCUGUUGCAAGGGGAUACUGAAUUGUCCUUCUGCCUUCAGUUUACUUUUUGCCCAAGGCCCUUAACAUUUGGAGACUUAAAUGGGGUCCAUUUUCAGGGAGAAGAAUUUUGAAGUGGGUAAAGCCUGUCUUAGCAAGGUAGGGCAUCAUGUAUGUGAUGCUUCUGUCAGAUACAUGGCUUGCUGCUAAGUGGCAUUUUGGCUGAGGGAAACCAGCAUCAUGGCACACUACUGUAGACAAUGAAGUUUCCUCUUGUUUUCACUGCUAAAAAGGUCUGAAACUCUAUGGAAUCACUAUUUAAGCUUAGUUUUAUUUUAUUUAGCUAAUUAUGUUGCUUUUGCUUUCAUCUCUAAAAACAGCUAAUGACAUUUUUAGCAGCUCAUUGCCUAAAGUGAUACCCCCAGAAGACCAGAUUUCUAAACAAAACAAAAUAACAAAAAGCUAUCAACCUUUUCCUAAUAGGAAUGAUGACUAUCCCCACCCCCCAAAUUAAUGACUUAGAUGCCAGUUUCUUCUUAUUGAGGCAAACCGAUUUUGCACAAGAUUAAUCCUUUCGGGUUAAGACUGGCAAUUCAUGCAUGAUGGUCUAGCCACUUCUCUCAUUUUACAGUAUGGUCCUCUUGUUAAAAAAAAAAAAAAAACAGAACAUAUUUCAUUCUCCACAAAGUAAAACUUAAAUCUUUUCUAUUUACCCUCAUCUUGCUUCAGAUAUUAAAAGGCACACAAGUUUCAAACCUACUCUUUGCUCAACUUUGCUUAAAGUUGUAUAAAAAACAAACCUCUCUCCACUUGAUAUUUAAGUUCUCCCCCCCAUAUAAUUGUCUGAAUUACCUUUAUACAGAAAGAGAAAAAUAAUCCCAUCCUGGAUUUUCAAUUCCUGGUUAUGCUGGAAACUUUUUAAUAGCAAUUAAGUUUGCUUGGACUUCAUCUUGUCACAGGAACACAUAUAAGAAUUACCCUUCCACCCAUCUACCCCCCCAAAUAAAAAAAGAUGAUCCUUCAAAUUCACAAGCAUUUAUUAAGCACCUACAAUGUAACAAAAUAAGUCAGUCCCUCAGUCUUGAUGGAUAUGCAAAGUGAUGACAACCUGAGUUUUCCCUUGCUUUUCUGUGCAGCUUUUAAAAAUGAAUGAUGUGCUACCAGUCUCUUCUAACACAGAAGCUAGUAUUGACCAAAAUAUGAGUAGAGUGAGUGUACAGUAUAAGAAAGUUUGGGAUUAAUGUAAGUGACACUAUCUCAGCAUAAUAUAAGAAAGCUAGCUGCUAGUUCUUUGUGCUUUCUUCAAUGGUUCUUUUUAAAUUAUUUUCAAAUUUUCAAAUGUAUACUGUCCAAUAUUUACUUUAAAAAAACCACAUCUGAUGGCAUUUAUACUUCUUUAUUCUUAUUUCUUUUUGAACAGAUGCAGUAAGAAUUUAUUGUUCACUAGUGUUUUCCAUCCCUUCCCCUUUCAUCAGGUAUUUUGGUUAAAAACAAUUUUCAUCAAAUGAUUCAUUAACAAAUCUGAUAUUUAGACCAUAGGGAACAUAAAUAUGGCAUUUCCUUAACUUUUUUUCUAUUCCAAAAUUGCAUUUGACUUUGGAGAGUGAAAGUUUACCCAUGUGAUUAAAGAGCUGACCUGAUCACUGCAAUUUCACUUCAUUUAUAAAUACUGCUGAUAGACAGAAAUGUAUGAAAGCAAUUAUUGUCAGCACAAAGCCUUAAAAACCUGCUGACUUCAAAUUAAACAGCCCAAUCCUAUGAUGCCCUGUCAUUAUUCCCAAGCACAGGCAGGAUCCCUGCCGUAUAGACAAUGAAAACAAUAACAUGGGAUGAAGUGCCAGCAGCUUCAAAAUGUGUCAAACACAAAAACACAUCUUUUUUUUUUUUCCAGCUUACUUUUCUUAAAGGAUGGAUACAUCAACAGGAUAUGCAUCUUUUUUUUCUUUUAAAAAAUAUGAUUUGGCAACUAUGGCAUUUAAUAAGUCUACAAUGUGAUCUACAUUAAGUAAAGAGAUGAUCAACUGGUGAUAGACCCCUCUUGGGGUAUUGCUACCCAGGGAGGGGAAGGUAAUCUACAGGGCCCAAAUUAGGAUCAUGUUAGUCCUUGGCUGUUAAAAUGUUACUGACAUGGUGUUAUAAUACUGCAUUGCUAUUGACAACAGGAAAAGGCAAAGCCAUACUUUAUGCAGACUCUGUGGAAGACUUGCUAUAUCUUUUCUUGAUCUGGAAUGGAACUGAUCCUUCAGUUACAAUGAAUUGAUUUUUAAAUUACAAUUCUGUCCCUCAACCACACAUACUCUCCACCCUUUCCCUCCAUCUUAUUCAAUUAAGUGAGCAAAACUGUAGAUUCACACCUAGAUGCUGUGGCAUUUAUUUAGCAAGAGUAAAAGACUCUCAAUCUUCACUGAGGCAUAGAAAUGGUUUCAGAGUAGAAACUGAAUCUGCAGGAAACAUUUCAUUGCUUGGUUCUAUAAAGAAUAAUCCUUCAUUUUGCUUUUGGGUCAGGGGAGUUCCCCACCCAGUACAGCCAUAUUAUCUUAUGCCUCUUAGUGCAUCAAAAAUGACAAAAAUUUGGGUGACAAAAAUUCUUAUUUAAUUGAAAGUACAAACUGCCAUUUUUUCAGAUGGUUUGGCCAACUCUCCCUAAAAGAAAUUUCACUAGGUUAGAGAAGGCUAAUUUUUUUGUGGUGGGGGAGAGUUUAGACAGAGAAAAGAGUUUAAAGUCCCUGUUGAAAUGACCACAUUGCCACUCAUUUUCUGCUAAUUCUGAUUUCUUUCUGCAUACACACUUGAGGUUAUAGUCUGUGCCUAGACCUUAAAUGCACCAGCGGAAGGAUUUAAAAAAAAAAUCCUUCAAAAUACCAGUUUUUUCCCACAAGUACAAUUGUUCUUGUGCCUUCUGUGGCUUUCAAUUUCAUCUUUUAGACUUUAUUUCCAAUUACUACAGCUGCAAUAAACACUAGAUUUUUUUUCUGGCUGUUUGACAUAAUGUUGAUAGCUAUGCAUAUUUUGUGUCUUUUUAAAAAAAAAAAACAAAGCGGCAGACUACGUUUUUGAAGAAGAGAAUUUUUAGAACAGUUUGAUAACGCAAAUUAUUUUUUCCUCAAUUGUUUGAGCAGCAUUCAAGUUUUGAAAAUUCUUGUAGAAGCCAAUUUUUUGUAACUGUGGUGCAAAUCUUGUGUUUUCUUAGCCUAAAGAAAAGUAGUAUAGAAGCAAUAUUUCAUAUGAUGUGCUAUACAUGUGUAUGCAUAAGUAUACAUGUGAAUAGACACAUACAGAAUCUAUCUAUAUACAUAUAUAUAUAUAUGCGUGUGAAGUGAAAAGCUUACCUUUUUCCUAUCUAGAUUUAAGAUCCUAUUUUAGACAUCUGUUAUGUUUUGUGAAAAGAAUGUUCUAUUGCAACUGCAAAACAUUUAAUUCUUACUGUAUUCUGGUUGUUUAAUGAGAACGUUUCACAUUAAAUGGUAUAACAAGUGGAAUAUGUUAGAAUGUAGGCAUUAUUUAAGGAAAUGUUCACCCAUAUAUAUUCCUGAGGUUUGCUUUGUGCCUCUGAGUAUUAUUUAAUUAAAAGUGUUUUAAGUUUGCAGAAUCUUUGUUACUGUACCAGGGAAGUGGGUGAAUACCUUUGAAAAAAAUACAAAAACAUAAAAAUAAAAAAUAAAACAAAACAAAACCAAGAGGGGAACUUUUAUAAAGCAAUGUAAAUAUUUAACCUUAUGGCUGUUCUUGCAUAAGACAUAAGAUUUUAAUAAUGACAUUCUCAAAACAUCUGUUGGAUUUAUUAGGAACACUUCAGUAACUGUAUAGAUAGUUGAAAGCAUUCUUCAAAAUCCAAGCCUCUCUACUUUUAAAAGAUAACAGUCUCUUUCAUCAGAUGUCAAGGACAAGGGUGAUACGGUUUCUGUAAAAAUUACAGAAUUUUUUUUCUAUGUACAUGAAGUCAUUUAAUAAGUAAAACAAAAAUUUCUUUUCCAUAGGUUAAUGUUAAGAUAUAAAGGUGAAGAUAUUUGUGGCUUUAAAACUAGGAUUUUCACCAGCAGCAUUGACAAAUUUGUAAAUGAAGAGUGGUUUACAGAUCUCCCAGAAUAAGCAUUGUACAUGCGAAGUUAGAGCAAAAAUGAUUUUCCAUGUGUAUUAUAGAGUAUUCAUUGAUGUGACUAGUGCAAAUGUUUCCUUCUGGUACCAACUGUGUGUUUGAAUAUUCCAAGAGGCAUUGUUUUCAAAAAGCUCCCCUUAAAAGAAUGUAACUGGUUUAUAUGAGUAUCAGUUACUGUAUUGCACUUAACUGUUAUGUUGAAGGAAAUGCAAUUUUGUUUUCUGUAGAACUGUUGGUUGUAAACCAUCUAUAAACUGAAGCUAAGAAAGGCUCAUUCAAAGCUGGGAUUAAAAACUGGUAUUUUUUUUUUUUUUUUUUAGCCUUUGGGUCUUCUUAGAAACACUUUUUUGUGUGGGAUUUGAUGGUUACAAUUCCUUCUCCCAAAUCUGACAUUCAGUAAAAUGCAGUCUGUCUGACAGGGAGCAACAACCAGGAGACGUACAUUUCUUGGGCUAGUCCUCUCACAUGAAGAUUUAUUCAUUCUGUGUUUUGGAAAAACAUAGGUCCUCCCUUUAAGGGGACAAAAACUGUUUACAAGUGUGUUUGAGUUGCCCCCUACAGAAGCAGAAAUCAGACUGAGAAAACCCAUAUUGAGUAGGAUGGAAAGCUCCCUAGAAGAGUCAAAGGUUAAAGUUCACACUGGUAUCAUCCCAGCCAUUACUCAUUUGUAUAUAGUUAAAAAAGUGACAAGACACUGCCUUUAUAUUAUUUAGCAAUAUGUUGUAAAUAGCAUUAAGCUCUUUUUUUUUGUAAUAAAGACCCUUUAAUUUGAAAAUAGUACAAUAACCGAACUGAUAAAGUCAAUUUUUGAGUUUGUUUUGUUUUGUUUUUUAGCUAGAGGCAAUUUCAACUGUGGAAUUUUUUGUUGUUGUUGUUGUCUAUUGUUCUAAAGACUUUGCAUAAUUUAUUGGUUUAAUUUAUCCUAAUUUAUUUGAUGAAGGUGUACAAUUUUGUAUUACCAAGGAUGUACUGUAAUAUUAAUUGAUGAUAUGAUUUUAAAAAAUGAGAUUCCCUGUCCAUAUUAAAUAAAUUUUUAAAAGGUGCAGUAGACAAUUGAUUUUAAAGUCAAAGUGAACAUUUUAGUUUGGCAGCUACUAAAUUUUAAAACAGGAAAAAAAAAAAGAUGUUGUUUGGGGGUAGGGUGGGAAUGGGGUUUUAUUUUGUGUGUUUUAAGCUUUUGUAUACUCUCCAAACUUUGACCUUUUUGCUUUGUACCACUUAAAGGAUACAGUAGUUCAAUUGCCUUGUGUGCCUUCCAUCUUCUCUUAAACUGAAUGUAUGUGCAGUAUAUAUGCAAGCUUGUGCAAAAUAAAUAUAAAUUACAAGCUCA